AAUACUGGAUAGAGUAUAAAAGGUGGGUGCUUCAUAGGACUCUUCACCACACCUUGGCUCAUCUUAGCUCUCUCAUCAAUCACCAUCUGAGGUUACCAACAGAAAACCUUCAAAAUGUCCAAGUCCAAGACUCAGAUGCAAGUUCUGGCCGAUGGGCUGAUUGAGCUCUUCCAUAAAUAUUCUGGGAAAUCUGACACCAUCGACAAGAAGGAGUUCAAGAAGAUGAUCAACGAGCAGUUUCCUGACUGCGUUGAGUACCCACAAAACCAGCAAGGAAAAGACAAGCUCUUCAAAGACCUGGACACAAACAAAGAUAACGAAUUGAGUUUUGAAGAAUGGACCCGUCUGGUUGGGUCAUUCCUCUCUUGCGCCCACGUUAAGUUCCACCAGCAUGAGGGACAUCACCACCACCACUGAGAAGAGACCCAGCAGGUCCUCCAGGGGACUGUGGUCAGGGGCAUGUUGGAUACCAACCUUCCAAACAAACAAAGCCCCCCCUGCCCACAUCCCCUAGCUUGAAAUGUAAUGUUUUGGCAAUAAAAUAAGAAAUAAUCAUUUAACUUG